GUGGCUUUGGUAGCCUUGCCGGCUGCCCUUGGUCACUCUUGGAUCGAACAAGUCCGAGCAGUCAAUUCAGACGGCCAGUACGUCGGCGAGUACGGAUACCCUCGUGGCUUCGUCUCCAAGAACGCGCCGGGCUACGAUGGAGAGAAGGAUAUGGUCUACCUUCUCCCGCCUCUGGAGACCCAGCCUCCCUUCAUCAACUCUAGCCACUUGCUCUGCCACCCCAAUCAGCGCGAGCAGACUCAGAAUGACCAGUUUCCUCGCGUCAAGGGCACUGCCGGUGGUUACCUUGCACUUCGCUAUGCCGAGAACGGGCAUGUCUCCAAUCCUUCACCUUUGAACGGUCACACCCCGGGCACUGUCGAGUUCCAGCGCCGCGAGAACGGCGGGUCCAUCUUCGUCUACGGCACUACAGACCCCAAGCCCGAUGAGACCAUUGCCAACGUCCUCCAGUGGACCACGGACGGACGGGGUGGCGACAGAGGUGGAGUUCUCCUCACUGUUAACGAUUUCGACGAUGGCCGCUGCUACGAGAUCAAUCCUGUCACUGAACAUGGAGAGCGCAUGAAGGCGUUUCCCAACUACGCCCAAGGGCAGGCUCCCCAAGGAUCCGCCAACGCUCGUCCGGGAGACUUUCCACUCAUGUGCGAGACCAACGUCGAGCUCCCCAAGGAUGCGCCCAAUGGCAAGCCAUAUACCCUUUAUUGGGUCUGGCAGUGGCCGUUCGACCCGAACCCGAAGUCUCAGUUCUUCCCCAACGGCAAGGACGAAUACUACACGACCUGUCUCGACGUCGACAUCGUCGAGACGGUGAAGGAAGAGUCCAAGCUGCAGUUCGCGUUGGCUCCACAAGACGCCAUGGAGAAUGCCGUCCGCGACUUCAAGAACCGCAAGGCACUGAUCAUGAACGCCAUGGAAGGUGAAGUUGGCCCCGUCUUCAGUGGCAAGCCGACUCCCACUGCUGGCGUUCCCCCCGCCUCGCAGGGAACUCUCGUGCCCAGUGCACCUCCAUACGCC